AUGUCUAUAGAAGAGCGCUGCGCGAAGUUCCACGCGGCUGCAGUUGGAGACGGCACCGGGGCGAGCGAUGGGUUGGCGGAAAAGCGGGCGGCAAAACGGCCAGCUGAGAUCAAGAAGCUGCGGACCUUCUUGCAUAAGAACCAAAACCAUCGAUUCGACGACAAGUCGCAGACCUACCUGUUUCAGUCGGUCAUGGCGCACGCUAAGGAGGCGCCGACCGAGGGGGGGUCGGAGCUCUUGGAGGACGCGCUGAAAAUGCCCUUCACGGUCUUCACCACGGCGCACAAGAAGAAGAUGCUCGCGCUGCACGCCAAGCUCACCGGCGACGAGGCGGCGGCAGACGACAACGCCGACAACGCCGGCGGCACCGACACGGUGCUCCAGGUCAUCGACGUCGCGGAGGGGGGCACGGUGACGCUGAUGGAGCCCGAAACAGGCGACACGGCGGACGUCGGCGACGCGGACAUGCCGGCGGGCCUCGCGGCAGACAUCAGGGCGCGCUUCAACGCAGGGCACGUAGUCGAGGUAGUGGCGCGGCGCGAAGGAGAUCGCUGGACCGUACGAGCAGUCAAGUAA